CUGGCCCAGGGGACUGGAUCAGGGGGAUGAGAUCAGCCUGUUCCCAGUCUUGUGUGGGUCUGAUGCAGAAAGCCCUUCUUGGGAAGGUGGCAAGUCCAUGUGAGCCCUGGAGCUUCCCUCAUCCCUUCCACAUGCUGCUCCUUCCCUCCUCACCCACAACAUCCUCUCCUGGCUUAUGGCACCAGGUUUCCCAAGGACAGCAGAAUUUGCCUGAAACUGCCAAGGGUUUUUGCCCUUUGGAAACAAGGACUGGCUCCCAGCUGGGAUCAAUGGCCUGGAGUUUGAAGGGCAGGUGCAGUUGCUCCUCCUGGAUCCAAGGAUUGGUGUAUAACCUGAGUGGGUGGAGUGUCUGUAGAAAAAGCUAAAAGGAAAUAUUAGAGAGCAGAGCAAACAGUGAGAGCUGGAGCAGAGGAGGACAAGCAGCAUGGCAGGGCUCCACGUCCGCUCCGUGCUGGUGACUGGGGCCAACCGAGGCAUCGGCCUGGGGCUCGUCCAGCAUUUCCUGAGGAUGCCAAACCCACCUCAGUGGAUCUUUGCAGGCUGUCGGGACCCCAAGGGACAGCGAGCACAGGAGUUACAGAAUUUGGCCUCCAAGCACCCCAACAUCAUCAUCAUCCCGCUCGAAGUCGCCGACCCCUCCAGCAUCAAGGCAGCUGCAGCCAAGGUUGGGGAGCACCUGGGGGGCUCUGGGCUCAACCUCCUCAUCAACAACGCUGGAAUUUUGAAACCAAAAUCCAUUGAUAAUGAGAUGCUGCAGGACAUGACUGAGACUUACACCACCAACACGGUGGGACCCCUGCUGAUGGGCCAGGUGUUUCUGCCCUUGCUGAAGAAGGCUGCCCAGGGGAGCCCAGGCUCAGGGCUGAGCUGCAGCAAGGCUGCCAUCGUCAACAUGUCCAGCAUUGGCGGCUCCAUCGCUUCUUCCUCUGUUGGUUGGGAGUUGUUACCAGGUGUCUCCUACCGCUGCAGCAAGGCUGCUCUGAACAUGCUGAGCAAGUGCCAGUCCCUGGCCUACAAGGAGCACGGCAUCCUCUGCGUCGCUCUCCACCCUGGCUGGGUGCAAACUGACAUGGGCAGCUUUGAUGGACACACGCCCCCUGUGACCGUGGAUGACAGCGUGCAAGGGAUGCUGAAGGUCCUCUCCUCCCUCUCUGAGAAGGACACCGGCGGCUAUUUGGAUUGGGAAGGGAACGUCAUCCCCUGGUGAGACACCACUUCAGGAUCCUGGCACCAAGAGGUCCCUUUGGCACUGCUCCCACCUCCCCCACAUCCUCAAUAAACUCCUGCUGAGACCCCCA